UUUAGAAAAAUGAUUACGCUGUCGCAGCGUUUGAAGCGCAAAUCACAGAAUGACGAACAAUCAGGUUCCAAUAGGGCCUCAAUCAGAGACAGACUGUUAGUGAAGGAGGCACAGGAAAUGUCCCAGUUGCUUCCGUCGUGUUGCACUGUAAAUUACGCUAGUGAAAAUGACCUAGGUCUUUUUACAUUGAUAGUCAAGCCAACUGAAGGUUUCUGGGAAGGAGGGACUUUUAAGUUCGAAAUAAAUGUCACUGAGGAGUAUAAUAUGGUUCCUCCCGUAGUGAAAUGUCUUACAAAGUUGUGGCACCCCAAUAUAACUGAGUCAGGGGAAGUUUGCCUGUCACUACUGAGACGUCAUAGCGUAGAUGGAAUGGGGUGGUCUCCAACAAGACGCCUAAAAGAUGUCGUCUGGGGUCUAAACGCACUAUUCACAGAUCUCUUGAAUUUUGAUGACCCUUUAAACGUGGAGGCUGCUGAGAUGUACCGUAACUCUAAGGAAGAGUUUAAAAUUAAGGUCAUGGAAUAUGUGGCCCAUUAUGCCCAAGAGUGAUGACUAUUUUUCUUAUUCUGAAUAUAUAGAUAUCUGUCAUCUUGUAUAUGUCCUGUAUAUUCUAUUGUUCAGUUAUGUUUGUGAUAUUUAUUUGCAUUUUGUUUCUUAAAAUUUGUUACAUAACUGUAAAUUAAAACUUAUUUUUCCUUUAAUAAGAAUUAUUUAUAUUUUUCCCAUCAUUUCGAAAAAUCAAGAUCAAGAUUGAACAUAUAAUUCAACAAUUUUUACAUUUUAACUGCUCUAAAACUAUAUUAAUUGAAUAUAUAUUUAAUCUUGAUCUUUGGCAAUAGAAAUUUAAUUUUUAAUUCUGUUCUAUGUAAUUUUAUUGUAGAAACAAAGAUUUAUAUUUCUAAAAACUACUUGAAACGAUUUUGAUAUUGUUUAUUUUCUUUAU